CAAAUGUCAACCUAUGAAGAACCAGAAACAGACAUUUCACAAUUCGUUGACCACAUUAUUCUUUUUUCUACUCAUUCAUCCCUUUGAUUAUAUAUUGCUACUACUGUAUAGUAAUAGUAGUAUUCCAUCUAACCCACCACACAAGUAAAAGGUCUUUAAAUUCUUCAAAUACAUUUUCCUUCCCUUCUUAUUCCCCUAUUUCCAAGUCUCUCAACUCUAUAUAUUUCAACAAAACUCACCAAUUGUUACUAAAUAUAUACGAGAUUCGUCACUAAUCUUAUAUAGAUGGGUAGUACUUGUGAUGAUAUAUGUGACAGUGCUGGCCUUGAUUUAGGCUUAGGCUUUUCGUCAACUAGCAAUCAGAAAUCAAGAAAACAAGGACAAGCAGCUGCAAUUAAAUUCGAUCUUGGUUUGAAUUUAAGCCUUCCUGGUGAUAAUCAGAUCUACGAUUUGAAGACGGAAAAUAAGCGUAAUUUUCCAUCAUAUAAUAAAGAUCAGUUAUCUGCUGCGUCGUCAUAUUCGUACACUAGUGUGAAAAGGGAAAGAGAUAUUGGUAGUGACGUGACAGAAGUAGAAAGAGUAAUUUCAUCUGAUUGUUAUGAAGAUGAUAAUGGUUCAAAUGGAAGGAAGAAACUUAGGCUCACUAAAGUACAAUCUGCUCUGUUAGAGGAAAGUUUCAAGCAACAGAGCACUCUCAAUCAUAAGCAAAAGCAGCACCUAGCAAGGAGGCUCAACGUUAGGCCUCGUCAAGUGGAAGUUUGGUUCCAGAACAGAAGAGCCAGAACGAAGCUAAAACAAACGGAGGUAGACUACGAGUUUUUAAAGAAAUGUUGCGCGACACUAACAGAUGAAAACAGGAAACUUUACAAAGAACUUCAAGAACUCAAAGCUUUAAAAAUAGGGCAACCUUUAUACAUGCAGCUGCCAGCAGCAGCCAUCCUCAACGUAUGUCCUUCCUGCGAAAGAGUCGCCGCUGCGGGCACCUUUACCAAUCCCUCAGCAGCUUGUUAAUUAGCAGUUAGCAGAGACACAACACGGCGCACUAAAGUUACUGCGUUUCGCAAGGUUUGAAGAAGGGUCAGACUACUGUUGCAUGACAACAAUUUUACCAUCUACCCUAAGCCUCCCUUCAGCUUGUUAAUUAGCAGUAUUAACUAAAAUUGUCAUGUUAUUAAAUUAUUUUUAACUGUCAUUUAAUUAGAUUCUUAGGAAAUUCUCAACAUUGGCAAACGUUUUUUUUUUUUUUCUUUUUUGGUUAAAGGUUUGAUUCAUUUUGUACCGUUAUGAAAUGACUUGUAUAGUUCAUUAUAUUUGUAGAGAGAUAAUUAGAGGUUUGCUAAUCAUCAAUCAAUUUAUUUUAAAUUGUUUCUUUGUCGCAGUACAACUCUGGAAAUUGUUAAGAAGUAUAUACUUAAUUAUUUUUGGUUGCC